UCAGUAGCACCCAUGUUUCACUUGGAUUUAGAGGUCUACUUAAGAGAAAGUGUGGUUGUACUAGAGGUUCAAUGGCACAAUUGCAAUAUGAUUUAAAAAAACACCUUUACAUGGCAAUACAUUUGCCAUUCUUGUUAUAAUUGUUCAGUUUAAAACUUUCAAUCUAUUUGAAUAUUGACACAUACAAUCAGUAAGUGGGUCCAAAGGGUAAUUUCCCCAACAUCAGGUACAUACAGGUCCCUUCAAUUAUUACCUUCAAUUAUUAAAGCUCACACAGUGAAGCCUUAAUUUCUGAAAUCAUUGUCUUCACAACUAGCAGCUUCUUCAUCCAAAACCCUUCAUUAUCAAAACUACUCACAGAAUCAUGGCAGAAACACUUGUGUCUAACAUUGCAGGGGCUGUUCUUAAAAAGAUAGCCUCCCUUGCUCUUCCAGAGAUCAACUUGGCAUGGGGUGUGAAAAAUGAAUUGAGAAAACUCGAAAACACCUUAUCCACUAUCAAAUCUGUACUUUUGGAUGCAGAGAAGCAACAGGCAAAGAACCAUGCUGUGAAGGAUUGGCUUGAAAAGCUUAAGGAUGUUGUUUAUGACAUCGACGAUGUGUUGGAUGACUUCUCAACAGAAACCCUGCGAUGGAAAGUAGAGGUUUGUGGGAGUCUGAUCAAAGAGGUAAGCAACUUCUUUUCAAGUUCAAAUCCACUUGUUUUUCGUUCUAAAAUGGGGCAAAAGAUAAAGAAAGUAAGGCUUAGACUAGAUCACAUUGCGGCAGACAAGAGAAAUUUUCACUUCACUGAGCAAGUUAUGGAUAUCCAAGUUCAAAAUACGAGGAGGGUACAAACACACUCGUUUGUUCGGACAUCUGAUGUUAUUGGAAGGGACUGUGAUAAAGAGACUAUCAUAGAACUUCUAUUGAGCUCUUGUGACCAUGAAAAUUUGUCUAUUAUUCCCAUAGUUGGACUUGGAGGCCUUGGAAAGACCACACUCACAAAAUUGGUGUAUAAUGAUGAGAGGGUAGAAGAGAACUUUGAACGUAAAAUGUGGGUCUGUGUGUCGGAAGAUUUUGAUCUAAAAAUGCUAAUUGAGAAAAUCAUCAGAUCUGCAACCGGAGCUAAUUGUCCCCAGUUAGAUAUUGAUCAGUUGCAAACUUACCUUCGCGAUAAUUUAAAUGGUAAGAAAUUUUUACUAGUGCUUGAUGAUGUUUGGAAUGAAGAUUUAAUGAAGUGGAAGGAAUUGAGAGAUCUGUUGAUGGGUGGUGCCAAUGGAAGUAAAAUCAUUGUAACAACACGGAGUAAGAAGACUGCUUCUAUUAUGGGUACCAACACAUCAUACAAUUUAGGGGGUUUAUCAUCUGAUGAGUGCUUGUCUUUGUUUAUGAAAUAUGCAUUUCGAGGAGGAGAAGAAAAAAAGCAUCCAAACUUAGUUGAAAUUGGAAAGACAAUUGUAAAGAAAUGCGGAGGAGUUCCCCUUGCUGUUAUAACCUUAGGAAGCUUAUUGUAUAUGAAAGCAGAGGAACGUGACUGGUUGUAUGUAAGAGAUAAUGAUAUUUGGAAAUUAGAACAAAAGGAGAAUGAUAUCUUACCUGCAUUGAGGUUAAGUUAUGAUCAAAUGCCAUUGGACUUGAAACAAUGCUUUGCUUAUUUGUCGUUUUAUCCAAAAGAUUAUGAUAUGUUAAAGGAUAAUGUGAUCCAAGUAUGGAUAGCACAAGGAUUGAUUCAACAACCAGAUGGAAACCAACUGUUGGAAGAUAUUGGAGAUACAUAUGUCAAUGAGCUGGUGUCCAGGUCAUUCCUUGAAGUUGUUGCCGAUGAUGGUGAAAUUGAACUAAGAAUGCACGAUAUUGUUCAUGACCUAGCUUUGUCGAUUGCUGGAGCAGAGUGGUUAACAAUGAACUCUGAUACCACAAAGAUCACUGGAAGGGUUCGGCAUAUAAUGUUUCCCGGGCAUGAUUUAUCAGAGAGAAAAUUUUCUCUUCCCUUGCAAAAUCUGACGAGGGUGAGAUCCUUUUCAUUUCAAAAUGUAGAGACGUCUGUUAGCUUAUCCUCUCUUGAUAUGCUUAUGUCAACUUUCAAGUGCUUGAGAGUGUUGGCUAUAAAAGGAGCAGAUUUUGAAGAGUUGCCAAGCUCUGUUGGUAACUUGAUUCAUUUAAGGCAUCUUGACCUUAGCUGUAAUAGGUGCAUCAGAAAACUCCCUGAUUCCAUCUGCAAGCUGCUGAAUUUGCAAACCUUAAAUCUCUUCAUGUGUAUGCAACUUCAAGAUUUACCUAAGGGCAUUGGAAAGUUGAUUAACCUCCGGGCUCUAUAUUUGACUUCAUAUCAAUCAUGCUUGCCUGAGAAAGAGCUCGAAGGCUUGACCUCACUUCAGUUCUUGUAUAUUUUCCAUUGUAAACAUCUUACAUCUUUAUCUUCUGGGAUGCAGCACCUCAAGGCCCUCCGAACUUUGGUUAUAUCACACUGUCCGGGGCUGACUUCUCUCCCUAGUGAAAUGAAAUAUUUGAUUGCCCUUGAAACACUGCACAUAUUCUUUUGUCCAGAACUUGAUUUGUUGGAAGGAGAAGGUAUGCAAGGCAUUAAGAAUCUUCGAUCUCUAAUCCUCGAAAGCCUCCCAAAGUUGGUUGCUCUGCCAGAGGGACUUCAACAUGCUGCUUCUACCUUGCAGUGUCUACGUAUUCUACGCUGUACUGGUUUUGCAACAAUACCAGAGUGGCUGAGAAAUUUCACGUCUCUUCAAAAACUUGAAUUGGAAUACUGUCCAUUGUUGUGCCCGUCAGAAGGGAUGCGUUCACUUCCUCCAGUGCAAGAGUUACGUAUUAAAGGGUCCUCCAACUUGAGUAGAAUAUGCAGAAGGGAAAUUGACGAUGCAAUAGAUUUACAAUCAGAGCCAGACAACCAUUCAUAUCCGUGGCGUGCUAUUCACAUCCCAGAUGAUGUCAGUCUUGAUUCAGAUGCAUAUGACUUGGACAUCUAUUUGGAACAUAAGGAUUUUGAAACCGAUUCAUAUGACAUUGGUAACAUGGAUGAUGAUAAAAGCGAAGAUACCAAUUCGGCUUAUUCCUUCUCCAUGCCUGAUUGUUGAUUUUCACUUUGUCUCUGAUGUUGUUGAUAUUUCAUUAAUAGUAUGAUGUUGCAGGCUUCAACCUCAUUUCCCUGGAAGCUUUUUUUAAGUUAGUGCUCUGUCUCUUUCUCUCGCCUAUAAAUAUUUGUCAAGCAUUUGUAAGAUGGGUAUGUUGUAAUUUGCAUUUGAAAUGUUUAUCGAACUUGUUUUUACUUGUGAUCCUGUU